AUGGUUAGAUUGGAUAAGGAAGAGCCUAUUGCUAUCAUCGGAACAGCAUGUAGGCUCCCUGGGGACUCGAACUCUGUUGGCAGUCUUUGGGACAUGAUCAGUAAUUCCAGGACAGGACAUGGAAAGAUUCCGUCUGAUCGAUGGGAUGCGGACAAAUGGUAUCAUCCAGACCCUGAUAGAAAGGGAGGAAUCCGCCCUAAGCAUGGAUACUUCAUCAAACAAGAUGUCUCUCAGUUUGAUGCGCCCUUCUUUUCAACAACAGCAAAAGAAGCUGCCGCCAUGGACCCAAUGAAGCGCCUCCUACUCGAAGUAAGCUAUGAAAGCAUAGAGAAUGCUGGCAUUCCUGUGGAAAGUCUUUACAAUAGCCAGACAGGCUGCUACGUAGGCUGCAUGACAAACGACUACGAAAUGUUAUCACUUCACGAUAUUUACGACAUCGGACACUCUGCCGCGUCCGCCACAAGCGAAGCCAUGAUAGCGAACAGAGUGUCUUGGUUCUUUGGCCUCAAAGGCCCCAGUUUAACCCUUGAUACUGCCUGCUCUUCCAGUCUCUAUGCUUUGCACUUGGCAUGCCAGUCACUAAAGCUGGGUGAAACUAAUAUGUCUCUUGUUGCAGGAGUUAAUCUGAUGCUGUUCCCUAACACUAUGCAUCAGCUCUCAGCGAUGCACAUGCUCAGCCCCGAGGGUAUCUCUCACACCUUCGAUGAUCGUGCAAAUGGCUAUGGCCGAGGUGAAGGUAUUGCGUGCAUAGUUGUGAAGCGCUUGUCCGAUGCUCUGCGAGAUGGUGACACCAUCCGGGCUGUGAUCCGAGGAACUGGUGCCAACGCAGACGGAAAGACACCAAGUAUCACCCAGCCAAGCAGCACCGCACAGGCAGAGCUUAUUCAAAGUACAUAUGCAAGAGCAGGCCUGAACAUGACUGAGACACAAUAUUUCGAAUGCCAUGGAACAGGAACACCAGUAGGAGAUCCAAUUGAACUAGAGGCAAUAGCCUCAACACUUGGGGCUAGUAGAGGCGCUGCCGGUAUGGGGCCUCUUUAUAUCGGCAGUGUGAAACCAAGCGUAGGCCACACCGAGGGCUGCUCUGGCCUAGCAGGCAUCUUGAAAGCUCUCGCGUGCCUAGAAAAUGGUAUGCUAGUCCCGACAUAUGGCGUGGAGUCUCUCAACCCAAAACUACGGCUUGACGACUGGAACCUGGCACUCCCGUCGAAAGUGAUGAAGUGGCCGACCCAGGGCCAGCGCCGAAUCAGCGUCAACUCAUUCGGCUUCGGUGGCGCAAAUGCGCACGCCAUUCUUGACGACGCACAUAAUUACUUGAACAGCAGAGGCCUGGUUGGCAAUCAUAAUACGAUACCGUUUGAUGAAGAAGCUGGCUCUGAGUCUGGAAUCAGUACUGGACCAGACACUCCACCCUCAGAAAGUGACAUCUUUGCCAAGAGACUGUUUGUCUUGAGCUCCAAAGACCAGGCCGGCAUCAAAAGGCUUGAAGAAGCUUACUAUACCGCGCUAUCAAGCUCUAAGAUUGACAUGAACGACUACCAUUAUAUUGACGACCUUGUCCACACCCUUUCAAAUAGACGGUCCCACCUCGACUUUAGAGGGUUCUGCGUGGCGUCAUCCAUUUCCGAAUUGAAUGAUCAAUUAUCCAAGGGGAUUUCCAAGACUAAAAGAUCCCUUCGAAACCGCAGCAAUUUACUUUUCGUCUUCACUGGCCAGGGCGCUCAGUGGCCAGCAAUGGGUGUGGAGCUUUUGGGUAAACCAGUCUUUGAGGAGAGUGUGCUCCGCUCUCAGGAAGUCCUCCAACAGCUCGGAUGCCAGUGGAAUGCGAUCGAGGAAUUGAGGAAGACGGAAGACUCCCGGAUUUUGAAUCCCGAGUUUAGUCAGACACUUUGCACAGUUCUUCAAGUUGCCUUGGUGGAUCUCCUUCGACACUGGAAGGCUAUGCCAAGGGCGACUGUUGGUCACUCUAGCGGAGAGAUUGCUGCUGCUUACGCUGCAGGAUACAUUAGCCACGCGGACGCAGUCAAGAUCGCAUACGUGAGGGGUCUCAGCUCGGCCAGUGUUACCCGCAAAGGCGCUAUGUUGGCUGCUGGAAUCUCACGGGAAGACGCACAGGCAUACCUUGGCCAGGUAGAACCAGAGUCAGCCGUCGUCGCCUGCGUUAACGGCCCAUCCAGUGUAACGCUCUCUGGUGACGUAGAGAGUAUCGACAAACUUGAAAGGUUGAUUUCAGGUGAUGGAAAGUUUGCCCGCAAGCUCAAGGUCGAGACGGCUUAUCACUCUCCUCAUAUGCAAUCGGUCGCUCAGAGUUACUUCGAGCAGAUUGGACAUAUUGAGACUUUGAGGCCUAAAUCUGAAGGAUUUGAGAACACUUUCAUGUUUUCGUCUUUGACUGGACAACUCGUAUCGCCAGAACAACUCACUGCUCAGUACUGGGUAUCUAACAUGUGUGCCACGGUCGAAUUCUCUUCUGCCGUGUGCGGGAUUUUGUCCCACAAGCAAGGAGAGAAGGGGAGGACAUCUAUCCAGUGGGAUGCCAUUGUUGAAAUUGGACCACAUGCCGCCCUUAAAGGUCCUGUUCAACAAAUCAUCACCGCGACCGGUGCGAAGAAUGGUUCAGCCAAGGACGCACCUUACAUGGCACUUGUUCUUCGUGGGGAGGACGCGAUUGAAUCAAGUUUGGCAGUGGCCGGUAAACUCUGGGCAAUCGGCCAUCCCGUUGACUUGUCUACUGUCAAUGCCCGAACUCUGGGACACGUACACAAGUCUUUGGCUAACCUUCCCACUUAUCCUUGGAACCAUUCUCGUAAAUUCUGGCACGAAUCUUAUUUGACCAAGUCCAACAGGUUUCCUUCGCAUCCUAGGACUGACCUGUUAGGUGUUCCGGUGGAUAUGCAGAACAAGUUCGAACCACAGUGGAGGAACUACCUACGUGUGUCAGAAACCCCAUGGAUUGAGGACCACCGAAUCACGGGCACCACGCUGUAUCCUGCAGCUGGAAUGCUGGUUAUGGCUCUGGAAGGUGCCCUGAAGUUGUCAGAUAAUAACAAGUCCCUGAAUGGUUUCCGCUUCAGAGAUGUCUCGUUUGAGCGCGGCUUGGUCGUCCCUUCGGAUGAAGAGGGUGCAGUGGAAACACGCUUGAGUCUUCAUCCUCACCCCGAAGUUGAAGGUCGAUAUGGCUUUGUCAUCUUCUCAACCACUACUUCAACUGGUUGGACAAAACACUGCUACGGGUCCGUCGAGCUUGAGUACGGGAGAUCGCUUCCCAAUGAGGUAGAUGAUGAGUCCACAACCAGCUUGGAAUGGGAUGAGCAAACAUCAAUCUAUCAAAGGCUAUUGAAAGAAGCGUCGGCCGAGGAUGUAGAAGUCGAAGCAUUCUAUGAUCAUCUUCAGUCAAUCGGUAUGGAGUAUGGCCCUCUCUUCCGAAACGUGACGACACUCAAAGCGAUACCUUCAUCCAAGGCAUCUCAUGGUGCUGUCAUCGUGCCAGAUACUUUGUCUUCUAUGCCCGAGGGCUUUGAGUUUGAUCAUGUCAUUCAUCCAGCCACAAUGGAUGCCAUCUUCCACCUCCUUCUUGCUUCAUUCAACGAUGGACGGCCGGUUGACGAGGCAGCGGUUCCAUACCAUAUUGGAGACAUGUUCGUUGCCAAAGAUCAGCCACAAGGUUCGGGUAACUUGUACCAUGGGUAUGGAAGUCUCACGUCCAAGAGCGAGGAUGGGCACGAGAUUGUUGGCGACCUCAUUGUUUCAGAUGAGGCUUGGUCCUCCCCUAAGUUGGUAGUGAAAGACUUCGCUCUGAGACAAGUUACAUCAACCGGCAAUGGCAUUUCUGAAGAUGAAUUUGAUCUUAAAAAGUGCGCUCAAAUCAAGUGGGCAGAAUGUCUAGACUUCGUGGAAAAUUCGCAAGACAUCGAAGCAUUAGUCGCCAUGGCUUCCAAGCACGAGCAAAAGAUGCCUGAGCAAGUUUACAUUGUUCUCCCCAAUAACGCGUCAGAUUCUCUCUCAAAGCUUGCUUUCAACCUUAGCCAGAAUCUCCAGAUACUGGGUGUUUCAGCGAAAUCGUCACUUCUACUGAAUUUGAAUGAGAAUGAAAUCGUGGGACAACACCUAAUUUCGCUUCUUGAAACCGAAAGCCCAUUCAUCUAUUCCUGGUCUGAGCCCGAAUUCAACGCAUUCAAGACACUUGUUUCCAAGGUUGAGCACAUGAUGUGGGUAACCAAGGGCGGUCUCCUUCGGUCCUGGUCCUCGAGUGCCGAUUUUGCUCCUUCUCAGGGACUGCUCCGCGUCCUGAGGAACGAGUACACAAUCACCACCCUACCUCACCUCGAUCUCUCUUCUAACUUUGAUCUUUCCAACCGAGCCAAUUCACUUCUCAUUCUGAAUGUAUGGAUCUCUUCUCAAGGUAAGAAUGCUGAGAUGGAGUAUGCCGAGGACGCUGGAACGAUGCACAUCCCAAGAGCGGUGGACGAACCUGGGUUUGAUGCUGAGUUGCAGCUUACCAAUGGCAGACCUAAGCCCGUGAUGACCAAACUGGGCGAUGUCAGUCUCCCAUUGAAGCUUUCCAUAUCAGCCGAUGGGCAAAGCUGUGUAGGACUUGAAGAUGUAGCUCUUGAGGGCUCCCUUGGUCCCCAUGAUGUUGAGAUUCAGGUGGAUUAUGUUGGAUUGGGACUCGAUGACACUUCUAGCAAGAAGUUGAAUGGGUGGGGCAAGGAAGCUGUCGGUACUGUCCUGGCCUAUGGCGAACGGGUAUCAUCUAUCAACAUUGGUCAAAGUGUUGCCGUCCUGCUACCUACAGAAGCCAGUCGGACUAGGAUUCGAGUUUCGGAAGACCAGGUAGCUCCUGUGCCGUCUCAUGUGUCUCCGCAACAUGCCGCAACAAUGCCUCUGGCUUUCGUUACAGCUCAGUAUAGUCUCCUAGAGAUUGCGCGUCUGAGGCGUGAUGAGACUGUUCUCAUCAAUGUCGAGGCUGGUGACGUUACCCAAGCUGCCAUACAAGUUGCGCAAUUGGUUGGUGCAUCCGUCUUUGUAUUGGUCAAAUCCAGAGCAGAGAAAGAACUCCUCUCAACGGAAUACGGCCUACCAUCGGAUCGGAUAUUCGAUGUUGCGUCAAAUUCUUUUGUUGCUGCUAUCAAGAAGGCAACUAAAAGCCGAGGCGUACAAGUCAUCCUCAACCAAGGAUCCACUAAGUCCACCGAAACAUCUGUCAAUCUUCUUAGUGACUUUGGAUACUUGGUUGACUUGGCUGGAUCCUCGACUGUAACUCCGAAGUUGGCGCUCCCAGCCUCGACGCAAAGUGUUAGCCUUAUUCGCAUCGACAUGGAUUCAGUCAUCGCUUCCAAGCCUGACGUGGUUAAUACUCUAGUCCAACGCACUUUCCGAGACUAUUGUCGCCGUUACAGCGUCCGUCCCGUUUCCGGGGCCCAGGUCUUCUUGGUGGAAAACAUCCGAGAGGCCAUUCAGGCAGUCAAGAAAGAUGCCUUCAGCAAGGUUGUGGUAUCUCUUGACAGAGAAGCAUCCGUCCUCACCACUCCACCACCAGCUCCCAAGCUAGUCCUUGACACAGAUGCCACAUUCGUCCUAGCCGGUGGGCUGGGUGCUCUUGGUUUGAAUAUUGCCAAGACUAUGGUCGCACAUGGAGCAAAGGAUCUUGUGUUCCUCUCGCGAUCUGGCGGCAGCAGUAGCCAGAAGGAGCUGGAUGAAUUCAGAGAGCAGGGAGUGAGGGCUGAGGCUUUCAAAUGUGAUGUAACUCAGGCUUCUAGUGUGGCGUCUGUCUUCCAGGAGUUGAAGAGACAAGGAAGAGUUGUGAAAGGCGUCAUCCAAUGCGCCAUGGAUACCAUUUUUGAGAAUAUGACACACGAUAAAUGGCUCCGGGCAUUCCUACCCAAGACCCGCGGCUCUCGAAACCUCCUGGCCAAUCUAUGGCCAGCGGACAACCCUUUCUUCAUCCUCCUGUCCUCAAUUACCGGUGUUAUAGGAAAUACAGCCCAAGCCAACUAUGCCUCCGGGAAUUCCUUUGAAGACGCUCUGGCUCACCAUGCCCGUAACGCGCUCGGAGUACGGGCGACAAGUAUUGAUGUUGGCCUAGUGUCUGACUCAUCUCACUUUACUGAAUCAGGAGAGUUUGGUGACCUCAAGGGCUAUCUGAACCGCUAUCAGCACGGCUGGACUGGUCUCCAAACAACCGUAGAUGAACUACUGGUGUGCCUGAGGGCAAUCAUGCGAGGCUCUACGGCUGACGGUGGAAGCAUUCCUGCACAGUUCGUCCUUGGUCUCGGCGCAAAACUGAUUCGAAAAGCCGGAGGCACUGGAUUUGAGCGUGAUCGUAAAUUUGAUCUGCGCGUUAUUGAAGUGGCCGACAGUGGGACUGCUGAUCCAAAAGAGGAAAGUGUCUCUGACAAGUUGAGCAACGCGGCAUCAUUAACAGAGGCCGCGGGGGCGGUCGAGGCGACUUUAAAGCGGCAGAUUGCGAUUGCUGUGGGUGUUGAGACUGAUGAGGUUGAUUCCCAGAGAGCUCUUCCCGAAUUUGGCGUCGAUUCCUUGAAUGCUGUUGAAAUUCGGAACCGAGUGUUGAAGGACAUGCAGAGUGAGAUAUCGGUUUUCGAACUUUUGAGCUCGACUCCGAUGGCCGACUUAGCUGUCAAAAUUGCAUCUAGAAGCGCCUUAGUCAAGUUGGAGCUAGUAAAGGAAGGAUAA